AGAAGUUCAUAAAGAGUCAACUCAAAUUGUAGAAAAACGCUCAGAGAUACAUUGCGCACACAAAACACUCAAAUCGUUAUCUUAUCAGUCGACCAAAUGUGGACUGUCUAUAUGCGCUGUCAAGUGAGUAAACAGACGUGAAAUCUUACAAAACGCAAGAGCGCCCAAAUAAAGGCUAAAGCCUGCCUGUAUAUAAAUACAAAGUUGGCAGUUCACUCAAAUCCGAUUUCAGUAAUGGUUUAUAACUCGAGACGAGUAGAAGCACAUAACGGUUUCAACGAUCACAGAGUGAAGACGUGUUACUAAUGAUCUAAGUGGUCGCUAGAGAAAGUUUUAUAAAAUCCCAUAAGAAUUACAAGAUAAAUAUAUACAAAAUGUCAGAGACUAAACCCGGACAGUGUGUUUUAACGUUACACUUGUUUUACCGUAAUAAACUGAAUGUGUUGUUAUUUGUACUGUUAGUUUUCCACAUAAGUGCCGGUAACGCGACGGAGACCGACACCGCUAUCGAUCCCGUAAAGCGUAUCUCCUUCACAACAGCAGCACCACCACCACCAACGGCCAUUGAUGUGGACGCUGCAACAAAUCACACCAAUGAUCCGCCUAAAAUAAGACGUUCAUUGCGGCUGCCGAACACCACAUUCCCGCUAAAUUAUCACCUGCACAUCGUAACGCAUAUACAUCGGGAAGUUUUCGAGUUCACGGGCAAUGUCACGAUGGACAUUGAAAUACGCCAAUCCACCAAUGAAAUCGUAUUGCAUGCGAAAAAUCUUACCGUUAACGCGAUUACGUUGCUCGAACUGCACACACACGAAACGCUGCGUGACCUCACCUACAGUUAUGAAAAAUAUGGCAGCUACUUGAUCAUACAACCGAUUGAAAAUUAUAUCGCCUUCGAAGCGGGUCAACGUUAUCGGUUGGAAAUUUUAUACACAGGCACGAUGCGCGCUGACACAUUCGGUAUCUAUUGGAUGACCUACAGAGAUGAGAAAAAUAGCACAGUUUAUGUGACGGCGACGCAAUUUGAGCCGACUAGCGCACGUUUGGCCUUCCCUUGUUACGAUGAGCCAUCAUUCAAAGCGAACUUCACAAUAAGCCUCACGCACAGCAACCGUUACACGGCCAUCUCGAAUAUGAUGGUGCGUCAAAUUGAGCCGAGCAUUGACGCAAAUGCUGCACACGGUGACAACAUUGACACUACAAUGGUGACAACCACAUUCCACACCACUCCACCAAUUUCCACUUACCUGGUCGCAUUUGUCAUCUCCGAUUUCGUGUAUAUUUCGGAGGAAUAUCGCGGCGUACAGCAGCGCAUCUUCACCUCGCCAUUAAUCGCUGAUAAGGGUCGUGAUGCUUUGAAGAAUUCCGUACGUACGGUGGCCAUGUUGGAGGAUUUUUUUGGUAUCGAUUAUCCGUUGGCGAAAUUGGAUCAUGUGGCGCUCAAGGAUAACUACGGUUCGGCAAUGGAAAACUGGGGUUUAAUUACCUACAAGGAGGGCAAUCUAGUGCAGCGUGAAAACGCGGAUAAGCUUAAGAAGUUGAAGGAUGUCCUCGUGCAGAAUCACGAAAUCGCACAUCAAUGGUUCGGCAAUCUGGUAUCACCGCAAUGGUGGUCAUACGCAUGGCUGAAUGAGGGUUUUGCCACAUAUUUUGGUUAUUUGGUAACCGAUUUGCUUUAUCCAGAGUAUAAAACCAUGGACUACUUUUUGACCGAUAUUGCUGAGCGCGCCUACAGUUACAACUAUAUGACCGUACGUCCGAUGACUUACUAUGUGGAAAAUGAAACCUCCAUUAUGUCCGUAUUUGACAUCAUAUCCUAUCAAAGAGCCGCUUGUGUGAUCAAAAUGUUCCAUCACGCUUUCAAUCAGAAAACUUUCGUAAAUGGCAUCAGUCAGUAUUUGCGCAAAUAUCAGUAUAGUGUGGCGAACGAGCUGAAUCUUUUCGAUGCUGUACAAACAGCCGUUGCUGCGGAUCCCACAUUCAGUGAGCAGAGCUGGAGUCAAGAUGGCGUACGCGACAUUAUGCUCUCAUGGACGCAUAGCGAGUGGAUACCGAUCGUGAGCAUAGCACGCGAUUAUGUAAGCAAUACCAUAACAAUAAAGCAACGUUCAAAAAAUAAAAACUCGCGUGAACACUGGUGGAUACCGUUGAAUUUCGCAAGCGCUUCGGCAGCCGAUUUCGAGAAUACACACGUCGAUUACUUUAUGCCACCACUGGAGGAGGUAACCUUGAAUGCCAGCCAAUUGGGUAUUGAAUUGCGCGUCGACGAUUGGCUCAUCGUGAACAAACAGCAGACCGGCUUCUAUCAUGUACUCUACAAUGAUGCGAACCUCUGGUUAAUUGCUAAGCAAUUGCAAGACAAUCACACGGUCAUACAUGCAUUGAAUCGGGCAGCCAUCUUUCAAGAUCUCGGACCGCUAAUUGAGAACAAUGAAAUACAAUCGGUGGAUGUGAUAUUUGAAUUGUUAAAAUAUCUAGAAUAUGAGGACAAUCUCAUGCCAUGGAAUCAAGUGGCAGACACAAUUGCCUUUCUGGGCAAGAAUCUCUAUGACACGCCCUCGUUUAAAUUGUACACGCACUUCAUGCGGCAACUCAUUAGACCAAUGUAUCGACGCCUCUAUGAAAUGCCAUUGCUUAAGAAUCUCACAUGCACCGAAUCGUUGGCUAGACAAAAGAUUAUGGAAAUGGCUUGUAUGGUCGAUCUGCAGGAGUGUCUGGACUACACCCACAAUUUGGCGCACAAAUAUAUUUUCGAUAAUGUAACAUUCGGUAACGACAUGAACUACUAUGCCAUGUAUGAGACCAUUCUCUGUUUGGGCGUUAAGUAUCUGAGCGAUGAGGAGUUCAACGCCAUACUUAAUAUAUUCGCUGAAAGGCAACGCGAUACACUGUGGAAUGAUGAUCUGAUUUACUCACUGCGUUGCACACAGAGUAAAACGCACCUGCAGCAGUAUCUCAAUCUCUUGUUGGGUGAGAACUCGACCAAAAGCAUUAUGAACGACAACGAGUCCAUAAUGUACUUAUUCUAUUUGUUCAUGAGUAAUCCUGCCGCACGUCCUGUAAUGUGGCAAUUCUUUGACAGCAAUUAUCGUAUGCUGUGUCGUUCGGAAUUGUUCGUCGAGAACUUUAACCGUAUUGCGGAAUACACAAAGCGUUCACAUCACGACGAGUUCCACGCUUUGCGCGAUAAGAUUGCCGUUGAGCUGGCGAAGGUAGGCCGCGAAAAAUCGCUUAUUGCACCGAAUUCACCGCGUAUCGGUAGAAAGGUUAGAAUCAGUGAAACCUUCCUGGAGAAAUUCUCUACUCAAAUUCACGAUUGGCUUAGACGACAUCAGCAAGCCACCUAUGCGGCAUCUUUGGGUGCGCGCAGCAGUGCCACACAGAUUGGAAAUCUGUUUCGCGUGGCGGGGAAGUUCCUACGUAAAGUACUCAUCAAGAAGGGCUGAUGAGUGAUUUAGUUUACUUUUAACUUCUUUUAUAAAGAAUGAAUAAAAAAUUAUUAAAAUUUUAUUUAAAAAAA